ACACCGAAUUAUCGAGACAAAUAAAGUAAACAUGACAUAACCUGCACUAUUCAGCCAUGAAGAUUGACAGGACAAAGCUGCGUAAAAGCAGCUCACAAGUGCCGCCGGACUGUAAGGCGGUAAUAGAGCGCCUGAAGAACUGUAGCGAGGCUGAGCUGCUCACUGAGCUGAAAAAGUUUGAGACAUGGAACCUGGGCAAGUGCGAGCUGUUCCACUGGAUCGAGCCUCUGGACGUGCUGGACACGGUGCUGGAGGAGGCGGCCUCCAGAGUCCGGCCGGACGGCUGGCUCCUGACCUGUGACAUGCCCGACUAUGCACCGAAGCGAGAGCUACUCCUACAGACACUUCAUUUCACCGCGCUCCUCAUCGAACAUUCAUUUUCACGUCACCUGUACAACUCAGUGGAGCAUCUCAUCCAACUGCUGGAGGCCUCCGAUAUGCAGGUGGUUCUUCAUGUUCUCAACCUCAUCUACAUGUUCAGCAAGAGGAGUAACUUCAUCUCUCGACUGAGCUCUGACCGGCGGGAGGCGCUGGUCGUGCGCCUGUACCACCUGGCCGAGAGCUGGGGCGGCCGAGAGAACGGCUUCGGCCUGGCCGACUGCUGCCGUGACGUCCCCGUGUCGAGUCUGUCGCCGAGUGCCACCACGCUGCACUUUGAGUACUACCUGGAGGAGGGGGACGCGCGGCCGGGCGCCGCCCUGCAGGUGAUUCACCUGCCCAGCGUGGACCAGCACAGUGACCAGACGGCCGGACACGUCAUGGAGAGGCUGCUGACCACCCACAAAGUGCCGCAGAGCAAACAG